UUUGCGGAGGUGCGGGCGGCGGCGGAGACGUCGGCCUUUGCGAGCACAUACGCGCAGCUGCAGGUGACUGUCGCGACCCUCCGCGUCGAGUUUCGUCGCUUCGAGGAGCUCGUCGUCUCGCUCGGCACACCGGCGGCGGCAGAGCGCUGCUCCGGCGGGGAUGCGGAGGCGGAGGCCGAGGCGGCGCGCGCCAUGGCAUGCGUAGAGAGGCUGGUCCCGCAGCUGAUGGGCCUGAUCAAGGCCGUCGGCGCCGUGCCGAUCGACUUCGCGGCCGAGGCGCCGGUCAAGGCCGCAGCGGUGCGCAUGCCCGCAGAGCUGCUCAAGGCGGUCGUCCCGCGCCUCCACUCGCUUAAGCGCGAGCUCGAGCGAAAGGCUGGGCUGAGGCGCGCGCCGGCGGAGCGCGCCGUCACCCCCGAGCCGCCGCAGCCGCCGCGGCCGCAGUCGGGCUCGUCCGGAGCCGCGUCGUCGGCCGCACCGCGAAGCGACUGCGCGUCUCCGCCGCCCGCUCUGCCGCAGUGUGCCCCCGACAGCAGCGGGGCUGACAGCGGCGGCAGCGGCGACGACAGCGGCGACGACAGCGGCGACGACAGCGGCGGCGGUGCAGCCGGCGACGCCGAUGGCGGCGAGCCGCAAGGCGGCCGAGUGUUGUCGUCCCCGGCGAAGCGAGGAGGCGACGCCUUCGCCGGGGGUGGCAGCGCCGGGGGCGGCGGCGCGGGGGGCGGCAAGGUGGCACCGCUCGUUGGCGCCGCCGCCGAGGCUGGUCGCAGCCAGGACUUGGGCCACAGCCCUGUCCUUGGCAGGGUACCUGGCGGCGGCAGCUCCGGCUCUCUAUCUCUGAAGGAGUACCUGGAGGCGCGAGGUGCCUUCAUCGAGCUGCAGCGCGCCCGCCCGCUCUACGACUCCGCCGCGGUUGCCAACGCCGCGUGGCGGGCGAGGCCAGUGCAGGGCGAGGCGCUCAAGCAGCUGCAGGAGGAGCUCGAGCGGUGGGCCCCGCGGCUCGACCUCGACUUUAACGCGCAGCUGCUCGAGAUCUCGCACGCAAUCACCGCCACGCGCGUCACCGACCCGCCGCCGCCCGCGUCCAAGGGAGAGGCGCUCUCCGCCCUGCUCAGCGUCGCGUCGAGAAGCCUCCUCGUGCUGGAGGAGCUCGAGCCCGCCGCGUUCCGCGACGCGCGCCGCACGCUGCUGCAGCUGAGAGGGACGCUGCGCGAGCUCUACAUGUCGGAGUGCAUCCCGUACUGAGUGAGAGCGUCUGCUCCGUGAGUCUCCGUCUCUGUCUCCACAAUCACAUGUAGGUGUAUGUGUUCUUCGAAACUUCCCCAGUGGUG